AUGAACUGGCUUCGGAGUGUGUGGACCCAGCUGGUUCGAGGCGUCCACUACGUGCCGCGGGGGCGCAAGUACCCCGACGUCAACGUCAACGAUGUCGAGAUGAACCCGCCGCGCUACGGGUUCCGCCGCCAGCGGGCGCCGUUGCUCUCGCAGCUGCCGACGAAGACGCUAUUCCCGCUGGAAGAGAUCCGCCAGCGCUACCAGCAACAGAACCAGCCGGUGCCGAUCAAGUUCCGUCUGCGGUCGGACGAGAUCGCCCGGCGCAACUACGAGCGGUUCCAGGACGAGAUCGCCACCGGGAAGCCCCACUUCCGCGUCGGUGAAAAGUCGGUGUAUUUCCCCAAGGCGAGAGUGUGUCUUUUGCGCCCUAACGCCAAGCACCUGCCGUACCAGGCGAAGUUCUUGGUGCCCCGUAACUUCAACAAGAUGGACUUGAGGGACUACUUGUGGCACGUGUACGGGUUGCGGGCGUUGAACGUCACCGUCCAGUUGUUGCACGCCAAGUGGCAGCGCGGCGGCGACGACUACGGGCGCUACCGCGGCCCCCAGUUCAAGAAGAUGACGGUGGACAUGGCCGAGCCGUUUGUGUGGCCGGAAGUCGACCCCGAGAUCGUCGCCGAAGGUAAACAGGAACACGAGCAGGAGAUGAAGGCGAUCUUGGAAAAGAACCGUGUCGGCGCCGACUCGCUUAAACCCAAGGAGGCGUUUGACGGGUUAUACGACGAGGUGAGAUUGCCGCAACAGUUUGUCCCUAAACACAAGCAACCUAAGAUGAAGAAAAGAGUGGCGGAGAUGGCGAAGUUGAUGGACAUGCGCGCCGACCGCGACGCCGUCGAGCAGUAUUUGAACUUGUAA